CCCCUUAACACCCACAGCUGCUCCCUCAACAACCACAGAUACAUCCACAACAACCACAGCCAUCCCCUUAACACUCACAGCUGUUCCCACAAAACCACAGCAGCUCCAACGAUACCUACAAUUGGGGCUACAACAACCACAGACACUCCAAUGACAACCACAACUGCUCCAACAUCAACCACAACUUCUCCAACAACAACCACAGCUGCUCCCACAGCAACCGCAGCUGCUCCCACAACAACCACAGAAUCUCCCACAGCAACCACAGUCGCUACGUCAAAAACCACAGCUGCACCCACAGCAACCACAGCUUCUCCAACAACAACCACAGCUGCUCCCACUACAACCACAGCUGCUGUCACAACAACCCCAUCUGCUCCAACAACAACCACAGCUGUUCCCACAACAACCACAGCUGCUCCCACAACAACCACAGAAUCUCCCACAACCACCACAGUCGCUACUUCAAAAACCACAGCUGCUCCCACAGCAACCACAGCUGCUCCCACAACAACUUCAGAAUCUCCCACAACAACCACAGAUUCUCCCACAACAACCAUUGCUGCUCCAACAACCACAGUUGCUCCCACAGCAACCACAACUACUCUAACAACAACCACAGCUGCUCUGACCACAGUUACAACUGGUUCUUCAACCACUACCAAAACACCGACCCCUCCACCACCAGAGGUUAAGUUGGAGUUCAAAUUUGAGCAAAACUUCACAGCAGAGUUGAAUAAUGCAUCUUCAGCAGAGUUCAAAGCAUUAGUAACCAGUGUGGCUACAGCGCUGGACACAGUUUAUCGAAACAAAUAUGGAUCCAGUUUUAAUCGCACAGAGGUUCUAGGUUUCAGUCAAGGUUCGAUUGAGGUAAACGCUGACCUGAUAUUUAACAAUGCCAGCUCAGUCCCUGAGUCCAGUGCAGUGGUUGCAACCUUGAUAGAGAAUGUCUCAAGCAACAGCUCUUAUAUCUCUCUCCCACUGAACACAACUUCUAUCGUGGCAACAAGUGUUGUUUCAACCUCAGCUCCAACUCCUACUUCUACUCCAGAUCCUCCAAUAUCAGAACCAUAUACGGUCAUGAACGCAUAUUCGGCCCCUUCAAACAGGUCAACUACAACCAUGGUUGUCAAUGCAACAUCGGAUCGUGUGAACAUGUCAACAACACACAUAGUGCCCAAUGGAACAUCAGCAUCCAUAAAUGUGUUAACAUCAGCCCAAAAUGCUGUCAAUGUCACAUCAGGACCUGUAACACAAAGCAAUACAACUGCAACCCCAUCAUUGUCAACUUCCCCAGUAGUCAAUGCAACUACUGCAGUAGUAAACUACCGCAACUAUUGCAGUAGUAAAAACAUCUUUAUCUCCAACUCCCCGAUUACCAACUACGCCGGUACCAACUACCCCAGUACCAACUACCCAAGUGCCAACUACAAUGGCAUCCCCUGCAACAGAGGCGCCACUGACCAGCCCACAACUGUCACUGCAGUUCAGCCUGACAUCUACCUUCAAUAGCUCUCUGAGCAACAGCAGUUCACCAGAGUUCCUGGCAUUGGCAAAUCAUGUGACUACACAGGUGCUACUACAAUGACUAGUGCAACCACCUCCACUGCAACAACUGCUGCUCCAACUGCAGCUGUGACCACCACCACUCUGGCAGAUGUCACCACGACCCCUCCAGCAGUGGCCAAAACCACUACCACCGCUGUUCUGGCAGCAACCACCACCACCACCGCUGUUCCGGCAGCAGCCACCACCACUGUUGCAUCAACUGACCCUCCAUCUUCUAGUGAAGGAACCCUGCUUCUUCGGUUCAGUCUCAAUCAAAUGUUCACCUUGGAUCUUGCCAACCCGUCCUCUUCAGCAUUCAAGACUCUGGCUGGCAAAGUGGUCUUGGAGGUGAACAAGAUUUUUGCUAGAACCCCAAGCUUCCUUCAUUCCAUUGUCAACUCAUUCAAG